AUGUCGAAGCUCUUCAUAGGCGGCCUUGCGUGGCACACCGACGAUGCUACCCUUCGCCAGAAGUUCGAGGAAUUCGGCCAGGUUGAAGAAGCGGUCGUUGUGAAGGAUCGCGACACUGGCCGCAGCCGUGGCUUUGGCUUCGUCCGCUUCACGCAGGAAUCCGAUGCUGAAGCCGCCAUUCAGUCCAUGAACAACGUCGAAUUCGACGGCCGCACCAUCCGUGUUGACAAGGCGUCCGACCGCUCUGGCGGCGGCGGCGGCGGCGGCGGCUUCCGUGGCGGCUACAACGGACCGCGCGGCGGAGGUUACGGAGGCGGUUAUGGCGGAGGCUACGGAGGCCGUGGUGGUGGUUUCGGCGCUGGCAACUGGGGCCCGAGCCAGGGUGGCUACGGCGGUCAGCAACCGUACGGCGGCGCUCCUGGAGGUGGUUGGGAUCCAAACCAGGGCCAAGGAGGCCAGCAAGGCCAGUGGUAA